UUCCCUCAGCCCGGGUUCUCUGGAGCCGACGGCGACGGGAGGUUCCCUCUGACGAUUGGGAGGAUUUGCGGUGCUCGGUGAAAUCACAGCCGCCCAUUCCCUCCCCGCCCCGGGUUCGACUUGUUACCGACAGGAUGGCUGAUUUCAACAGGACCACUUCGGCCGGCUACCGCUUGGCGGACACACCGACGGUCGGUGCCUUGGCUCCGCACAACAAGGCGGGCGGCAGCGUCCGGUUAGCCCCGGCCAAGGCAGGGCAGCUGGAAGACCUGGAUGUGGUGAGAAACGACCGAGUGUGGAGGGAGUUCGUACGGGCGGAGCGGCAAGGGGUCCUGCAGUGGUGUCUCGCCCGUCAACUUUCUCGCCGAAAGGAAAAUAAGUGGAAUUUUCUUAAAGAUUAUGAUGCCAAGGGAGCAUUAAAAAUACAUGAACCUCUUCCUGAAUAUGUUCCUGUGUUCUCUGACAAAAUUCCAAACACCACAAACCGGACAUUUGGCAGCAGGAUGGACUCUCAUCUUGGUCAAGCAUUAAUAAGGAUGGAUUAUCAGCUUCAGGGAGACAACAGAAAGAAAAAACUGGACAAUGAACUUGUCCCAUAUUAAGAAAAAGCAAAAUUACAUUUCACAAGUCAGGAAAAUACUUGAAUCAAAAAGUAGAUACUUGGGCCUUGAU